CAUGACACAGUCUUGAUAUGUUCAGGUUACUUUGUUGGACGGUAGCAAUAAUAUUACAUAAAAUAGUUCAGGGUGAGUGUCGCAGGCUUUACCCUAUCUGUGGAUUGGAUUGAGAUCGAUACCAAAGAGACCAUCGAGAGUAACAUGAUCGCCAGGGUUCUUCACGGCACCAGCGCCCUGCUAAUCGCUAUCAGUCUGUGUGGCUCUGGAUCGCUUGGUGCAAUAUUGCGAAACUGCCAACCAGAAGAUGGAAAAAUACAUGUUUAUGGCGAUACUGUAUACGUCCAGCCAGCGAAUGAUACUUUUACUACUCGAAAUGUCGGGGCUGAGGGAAAACUCUACAAAAAGCCGUUCAUCUUCACAUCACCAUGCGAUGUAUCCUUCAAGGCUAUUUCUCUUCUGUACUUCGGAACAUGCUCUGUAUCAGUGAGUUAUGGAAGUGAUAACAGAGUUCUUGAAAUACUUCAAUUUCCAGAUCCACCGACAGACACCUGGCAUCGUAGAAACGUGAGCCUGACAAACACUGCUUCCCAAUCGCUUCACGGGUUCAUGAAAAGAAAUAACACCAGAAGGUUCCUGAUCACGAUUUCCAAAGGGAGAUCUAAUUGUCAAUUAGUCGGAGUCGAUCACAAUAAAGGAAGAGGACUGGUCAUCAUUGGACAGGUUAUUCCUACGUCCAUUUCAGCAAGACCUGUCACCAAUACUGCUAUAGCCACAAACCAAGCCUCUACCCAUUCCACACAGAAGACGGUUUCCUCUACAGUACCAACUCCGAUAAUGACCACUCCCUCAGUGGAUUCAAGCAGGACCGAGGGCAUAGCUCCUUCUACAGCGGAGGCCAUCUUACUGGUGGAGUCAACUAGCGGAACGGGCACCUAUAUUCCUCGGACCAAGCUAUCUGCUUCAACAACAAGGAACAUUGAACAACUUGACAGUGACUCGGUUGGAUUUAAUUUAGUUACCAGCAUUGUUAUUCCCUUGGUUUUACUGGCUGUUCUGCUAGGCGUUUUAAUUCUGAUGUUAUUGGUUAGGUCAGGAAUCUUUCUCUCUAGGAGCAGUCAUCCGUGGAUUAUUGCUGUUCGUAGAUCAACCGGCCCCAAAAAUAUGCCAGACCCGAUAAAUCAGUUUUACCAGAAUCGCGAUGGUACUAACCGCGUUGACCAGAGUCCUACGGCAGAACUGACAGAUCCCGGCCUGUAUUCGGCUGUUGGACCUGGGUACCGCAAUCCAAACAAACGUCCCCAGACACCUCCUGGCAUACCUGCUGCUCGUUAUGACAUUGUUACAGAGAAUGAGUCGUACACGUUCGCGACCUGUAAUGGUGCUGCUCCGACGAGUUAUGUGAAUACGGAAACGAAGCAGAAAGAUGCUGGUGAGCCAUACGCUAGUGUGCAGUCAAUGUUUGACCAACCAACACAGGAAGUCCAGUCAAAUCCGGCAAACAACGAAACACAAGCAGCUAGAUGUGAAAAAUGCUCAGCUCCAACUGUAAGCUACGCAGUUCCUCACAAGCGGAAUUCGACAGAUGUUUGCAGACACUACGAAAAGGCAGAGGAGUGCACGGCUACUGAACGUGAUGAAGCACCCAGCACAGCAAAUUCAAUCGAACACAUAUGUCGUGCUACGGAUGUAACAUCACUUAGCGUCUUAUCGAAGUCCGCAAAAUCAGCCGUACAUAACCAGGAUAAGUCUAUCAAUCCAGAUGAUGUGGAGCGCAAACAACGCCGUGGUCUGAGUGACGCAACAACAGUAGUAUGCCGCGAUAACACCACCACCACUACCAGCACCUACCCGCAGUCAUCUCGCUUAUCCCUUCCAGCCACAUACACGUCGACACCGGCCCGGUCAGACAGCCAAAGGUGUGGGUCUCCAUCUCCAGUCCCAAAGCCUCUGCCAUAUCGGGUAUUCAAAGUAUUGAAGGACAGCCAGGGCGAUUACAUGAACCCGCAGGACACAGUCUCCAGUCAAGGGGCUGACCAGGCUGAUACAGACACCGAUCCUAACAUCUAUGCAGAACCAGCCAUCUCCCUGAGCGAUGAUGGAUUGUACAACGCAUCCACCAUUGGCAAAAGAGAUGACGUGGGUGGUAUCAGCAGUGUGCCGGUCGAUCUUCCUGAUCUUUCUGCAAUAUAUGCUGUGCCACAGAAAAACUGUGAAACGUGAAGUAUGUUCGUCUAAUCGUUUUUAUUUCAGUUUCAGAUCACAUU